AUGGACAUCGACACUAGCCGCCGAAACAAGUCGCCUCGCGCCUUGUCGGACGCCGAGCGCGCACGCGUCGAAGAGUACAUUGAUUCCAUUCACUAUUCCGCCAGAUACUCGGACAGCGAAUACGAGUACCGGCAUGUGCAACUGCCCAAGGCCAUGCUCAAGGCCAUUCCCAAGGACUACCACGACACCUCAAAGGGCACUCUGAAACUGCUGUGGGAGGAAGAGUGGCGGGCUCUCGGAAUCACCCAGAGUCUGGGUUGGGAGCACUACGAGGUCCACGAGCCUGAGCCGCACAUCCUCCUCUUCAAGCGUCCGCUGAACUACCAGCCCCCGCAGUGA